AUGAAUCCAUCAACAUCAUCUCCGACCGAACCUCAAAAAAUCUCAACGAACGACCCUGCUGUCGUUUCUUCUGUUGAAGAAUCUCCAGAAUCACCAACUUUAAUCCGUCGUCGUAAAAUUUUUGGUACAUGCAAAGGAUGUAAUCAACCAAAUACAAACUUUAAUGAGUGCCAAACGUGUAAUAAAUGGUUAAACGAACAAGGAUCGAACAUAUUAACCCUCAAAUCCUUAGCAAUCCGACGUAAAUCGCUAAUUUAUAAUCAAUCUUGUCUUAAUUGUAAUCAACCCAAGCAUAUCCAUCAUAAGAUUGCCGCUUGUAAUAAUUGUGGUUUUCCUGAAUAUGAUGUGGAAGAUUUAUGUGAAUUGCCCAUGACAAGUUGGUUGAGAUGUCCUGAUUAUAAUGACGUCAUCGAUAUGAUUUGUUUGGAAUUAGAUGAAAUGAAUUUUGAUGAUCCAGACUAUCAAAAAUUGUUGGACGCAAAGGAGAGGUAUCAACAACAUCAAUUCCCCUCAAGUUUGCGGGCACAAACCAAUUCUAUAUCAUUGGAUCAAAACGAUGACGCUUUAUCAAAAAGGUGUUGCUUGUAA